UCUCUGGUCCACAGUGCAGAAGGAAUCACCGUGAGCACUGAGCAGUUGAUAAAUAAUGCAUUUCCUUUGUUUUGCAGAAAUUCUGGAGGCCGAGGUGCAGCCCGAUCAGCAGUGAGCAGUUUACAUAGCAAAUCUAAUAGAACCGAAGUGACAGUAAAUGGUUCUUCAUCUCCAGCUGUUGUUGAGCAAAGUAAUGAAAGCAUUAAGCGCCGUGACAAGACAGUUCCAUCCCAGUGGAUACACAAUCAGACGCUGUCACUGACCAUCAGAAAACACAUCCUGAAGUUUUUGGAUGCUGAGAAAGACAUCUCGAUGCUCAAGGGAACUCUGAAACCGGGAGACAUCAUCCACUAUGUGUUUGACAGGGACAGCACCAUGAAUGUUUCCCAAAAUCUCUAUGCCCUCUUACCAAGGACAUCCCCACUGAAGGGCAAAUACUAUCGGACCUGUGCCAUUGUGGGGAAUUCAGGCAUCCUGCUGAACAGCGGCUGCGGCAAGGAAAUUGACACCCAUAGCUUUGUGAUAAGAUGCAAUCUAGCCCCAGUGCAGGAGUAUACCCGUGAUGUUGGAAUGAAGACUGAUCUGGUCACUAUGAACCCUUCCGUCAUCCAUCGCGCCUUUGAAGACCUGGUGAAUGACACUUGGCGGGAGAAGCUGCUUCAGCGCCUUCAUAGCCUCAAUGGCAGCAUCCUUUGGAUCCCAGCAUUCAUGGCCAAAGGGGGCAAGGAACGGGUUGAGUGGGUCAACGAACUCAUCCUCAAGCAUCACAUCAAUGUCCGCACCGCCUACCCAUCUCUGCGACUGUUGCAUGCUGUCCGAGGGUAUUGGCUGACGAACAAAGUGUACAUCAAGCGCCCAACCACUGGCUUAUUGAUGUAUACCCUGGCAACUCGCUUCUGCAACCGGAUUUACCUCUACGGCUUCUGGCCAUUUCCCCAGGGACCAGACCAAAACCCUGUUAAGUACCAUUACUAUGACAGCCUGAAAUACGGCUACAUGUCCCAGGCCAGUCCUCACACCAUGCCCUUGGAAUUCAAAGCGUUGAAGGUCCUGCACCACCAGGGAGCCUUAAAACUCACAGUUGGGCCCUGCGAUGGAGCCACGUAAAAAGAGGCUUCUGCCAAGCCACUUUCCUGGAGUCUGUGCCCCAUGGGAGGAUUGGGGAGGGGAGGCCGGGAGGAGUGGUAGGUGGUGAGGUGGGUUUUCUUGGUUUGGGAGAACAGCACAGACAUGGCCACAAGGGCUCUGCGUUGAAGUGGACCCAGCAUUUGGUGCAAGGAACAGAAGAGCUGGGGAAGAACCCUUAGAGAAGAUGGCCUUUGUCCUUCCCAGGCCUGGAAGCCACUGUGAUUUGUAUGGGUACUUUAGUUUGACAACUCAGUGUUAGGCCAGAUGUUGUGCAUGGUCUAGAAUUGGUAGGUAGGGCCGGUUUGGCCAAGAAAGCCGGGCGUUUCCCGGUUCGUGUUGUGUUCUUGGCUUAGUGGAUAUAGGGGUAGGGAUUAAAACUUAGAG